AUCUCUGCCUCACUCCCUUUAUCCGAAAGGUGUCUGGUAGCAUUCAUUGUUUGGCACAUCACUGUACGCUAAUUCUGUGAGAGAAGGUCGAGUUCGUGCCAGUUUUGGGGUGUCCUAAGCACAGGCUCUUAACGCUUCACGGUCAGUAUGUUGGAAGGGAAGGCAACGAUCCAAGAAACGGACAUGCCAUUGGAGAUGCAGAUGCAGGCGAUGUCGUCGGCCUCCGAAGCCCUCGACCUCUUCGACGCCUUGGAUUGCAGGAACAUAGCCGGCCACAUCAAGAAGGAAUUUGACGUGGUAUAUGGGCCCGGUUGGCAGUGCGUCGUCGGUUCCAGCUUCGGCUGCUUCUUUACACACUCGCUAGGGACCUUCAUCUACUUUCAUUUGGAGACUCUCCAGUUCUUGAUCUUUAAAGGAGCCUCUGCAUAGUUUCACCAUUCCAUUAAAUCAGGAAUUAUGUGAUGUUUUCUUUUCUUUUC